GGCAUGGAUCUGAAGGGGUUUGAUUCAACUUCAACCUUUAUGUUUAAUCCAGCCAUGUUGAAAAAGUUAAGACUUUCUGGAGUGCUGCUCAUUUCAAAAAGCGGGAAAAAAACAGUGCUGUUAGAUUUCAUGACAGAUGGCCAAUUUCUCAUCCGCACCCAACGUUCGGAUCGCACCUCAUACUGGAAGUUCAACAUGCACCUGAAGAAGCAAGCAAUAAUGACCCAGUCACAAUCUAAAUAUCCUUAUGCAGAUAAAGUAUCGCUUUGCCCCACCAUUAUACAAAUAUUAAGUUCACUAAAAGGACUAUAAAUAAGACUGUAAGAUGUCACCACAUGUGGUAAUUUCACAUCCCCACCCUUUGUUUAGAUUACACUUUAUGCUGUGGAUACCCAGCCUUUGCAAUUAAGCAGCUGUUUAAGCACCAGAUCAGGUAGUAACCACGUGAAGAGAGAAGGUGUUUGGGAAAGAUCUGAUAUGAGCGUCUAUAAAAACUCCGGCACAGUCUGAAGAGACAUUUGAGAGGUGCACUGAGACAUGAUGCUGCUGGUUCUGUUUCUGCUCCUCUGUGCCUUUAGUCCUGCUUCGGCUUGGAUUCCAGUGCAAGACUGGGAAUCUGGAAACGUGACUACUUCAGUGGGUUCGUCUGGUCAGUGUGUCUGCCAUGUUUUUCUCCCUGACACCACUUUCCCUGCUGAUCGGGUUGAGCACAUGCAGCAAGUCAGCAGUGAUUUAAUCCUGGAAGUGGAAAUCCAAAUUGAUAAGAUGGUGAAGUACGAAGGGAAAAUGUUGAUCUAUCUUGCUCAGCUGAAGGAUCUGGAAUCCAGAGUGAACAUCUUAGGAAGUAGCCCUGAUGAUUACAUCCUCCUGGACUUUGAGCUGCUUAGGGUUGAGCUCAGGGAAUUUGAGGCUCUGGUUUCUCAGCUUAAGGACUCCUUCAACUCCUCUUCUCCUCUAUUCGACAGUCUCUACACUGAGAUCCACAACAUGACGCUCAUUGUGAACCAGCUGGAGACAUAUGACAAGAGCAACCUGGAGGUGAUCAGGCAUGAGUUUGCCAAGCUGCAGAAGAAGCUAGAGGAGUGCCAGAAGGACCAAGAGAUCAUCAAUCCAGACAUUGGAAACUGCAAUCACACUGGAAUCUUAAGCCUCAGCAAUCCAUUGGUGGUCCAAUUAAAUUAUCACUUAAAUCCAGGUUAUCUGUAUGGUGGCUGGGGGAGAGACUCCAAGCCCAUACGAGGUAAUGAAAACAUGUACUUUUAUGGUGGUUACAAUAGCCCUGGAGCAGUUUAUGACUUUUAUUCUUACUCUAACUAUGAUAACCUGAUCCUGAGGAAAGCCUCAAAACACAUUGACCUACCAAAUGAUUGGUUAGGUGUUGGAAACAACUACAUAGUUCGCAGUAAUGCCAUCUACUAUCAGCAUAACAGCCCCUUUAGCAUGACCAAGUACAAUCUGACCUCUUCCGCAUAUGACUACAGAGUCAUUUCAUCUGCAAGUACGAGUUUUUCUUAUGCCUACUCAAGCGAUCAGAACCUGGACUUUGCAGCUGAUGAAAGUGGCUUAUGGGUAAUGUACGCUUCAAACCAAAACAUGGGGAAAAUUGUCAUUGCUAAAAUAGAUGAAAAAUCUUUUGGGAUUGAGGAUGAGUGGCGUACUGAUGUGUACAAACAGACAGCCGGCAAUGCUUUCAUGGUCUGUGGAGUGAUGUAUGCCACCAGGUCAGUGGAUAUAAGCACUGAGGAGAUCUUCUAUGCUUAUGACACCAAGACCAAGCAGGAGAAAUACCUCAGCAUCACCUUCAAGAAGUUCCAGGAAAAAUACAGCAACCUGGAUUAUAAUCCCUAUGACCAGAAGCUCUACAUGUACAACGAUGGCUAUUAUGUGUCAUAUAACGUCAAAUUUAACAAAGAAUGAUUCAGUAUAUUUUUGAUCUUCGUAUUGUGAUUCAUACGACUGAUCUGCAAUUUCUUUCUUCUUAAAC